AUGCAGCGGAAGCUGGGAUAUACGAACGCCGUGAAAGAUGCCUGGCCGACGAUCCGCAACAUCAUGCCCGAGCAGCACCGUGUCUUCCAUACUUCCAAGCUGCCCUUCAUCCCCAUAACAACCGUGGACGAAGACGGGCGGCCGUGGGCAGCGAUUGUCGCGGGGCCAACGGGGGAGCCUGGCUUUGUACAUAGCCCAGACUCGCAAAAUCUCUCCAUUCAUGCUCAUCUGUGGGAUGGAGACCCACUACUUGACACAGUCAAUGCAGGGGUUGAUCCCAGCUCUGCCCUGUCCACAAUUGCCCAGAGAUCCUUGGCUGCCGGUCUGGGAAUCGAGUUCUCCACCCGACGGCGCAACAAGUUCGCUGGGACUAUUCAAAGAGUGGAGUGCCAGUCCAGCCUGGACUACAAGCUACACUUGAGAGUCACCCAAACAACAGGGCAUUGGGAACCGCAGGGCCGACUUCCAGAAGAAGUAGUGGCGUUUAUCCGCCAGGCUGAUACGGUCUUUGUUGGGUCCAUCUACAAAUCAUCGCCGUCGGAUCUGCACAAGUUCCCUCCGCACGUGGGUAUGAAUGCUCGCAGCGGCUUACCGGGUUUUAUCCGAGUGAGUCCGUCCGAUGGCCGCACGGUCGUGGUGCCAGACUAUUCAGGAAAUCGAUUUAUGUCUACUUUGGGCAACAUCGAGACUAGUGGGGUGGUGGGAUUGACGAUCGUGUCCUUUACGACGGGCGACAUUCUCUAUUUGACGGGUACCGCUAAAAACCUUGUAGGUCCACUUGCACUUGAAAUCAUGACAAGACAUGCCGCCAUCACAACUGUGAAUGUUACCGGGUUCGUUUUCGUCCGAGAUGCUCUCCCAGUUCGACAGCAAGAUGGUACCCCCGUUGAACGCAGUCCAUACAGUCCGAAGAUCAAAUACCUUGUGGAAGAGACGGGUGCUAAGGGCCUGGACAGUAAAGAGCACAAAGCAAAGCUUCGAGAGGUAGUCCAGGUUUCUUCUGACCUUGCAGUAUUCAAGUUUCAAGUCAUUUCCAAACCUGGCGCUGGGGAUCUGAGAAUCCGCCCCGGUCAAGCCAUUGUGCUUGAUUUUAUGAACUGGAUAGGACCGCCUCAGUAUCAACACAUGAAAGACACUGCCCCGAGCUCAAUCAAUGAUGAUCGCGUCCGGACAUGGACGGUUUCUAGUGCUCAUGAAGAGCGGAACGCAACAGGGUUCGAAUUAAUCAUGCGAGAAAUGAAAGGAGGCGCGGUGACCGGUGCUCUUUUUGAUCGUUUGAGAAAAUACCGGUCCACCCGGCUAGGUCAGCGUAUCGUUUUUGACCCUCCCGUUGUCGCCGACAUCGUUGGCGUCACGGGUGAUUUUUUCAUGGAUAACGACAAGCUCGACGCGCUGUGGGUCGCGGGUGGUAUUGGAAUCACUCCAUUCCUUGCUAUGCUGAGGGCACUGGCAGAGCGUGGAUCCGCGGCUGAAGGCGACGUUAUGCUGGUCCUUGCAACAAGAGAACCAAGCGUCAUGCUCUACAUGAUGCGGCCCUCUCUCGAGAGGAUAGCAUCGACCGUUCGGAUCAACAUCACCAUAUUUACCCACGAUUCAGAGUUCGAUUACGGUAAUCUCAAGUCAAAUCAGAACAUUUGCGUUCAUAGAGACCGUGUCGUCCCAGACUUUUGGAGGGAUAUUCCUCGCGGCAAAGACGUAUUUAUCUGCGGGCCUAGUGCUUUCGGGGACUCGGUGGCUGAUGGGCUGCGAGCUGUCGGUUUCUCGCCAAGUCAAAUUCAUCGAGAAGGUUUUUAUUGA